GAGCUCGUUGGACCUUCAAAUUGCAAAGACGCAUCUAUUUAUUCACAUUGUCGGUUCUAUAAAAAGAAUUACAUUACAAACUGAUAAAAAUUAAUUGUAAUAAGAAAAUAAUAAAUAAAAUAAAAUGUCGAGUACUUCACAAAAGCACAAGAAUUUUGUUGCCGAGCCGAUGGGCGAAAAACCAGUGACAGAUUUAGCUGGUGUUGGUGAAACUUUAGCGAGACGGUUAGAAGCUGCCGGCUUUGAUAAGGCUUACGUAGUGCUCGGGCAGUACCUGGUAUUGAAGAAGGACAAAGAGCUCUUUCAGGAAUGGAUGAAAGAUGUUUGUUCAGCCAACUCGAAACAAUCAAACGAUUGCUAUCAAUGUCUACAUGACUGGUGCGAUGAAUUUUUGUAAUAGUCAUAUAUAUAGAUAUAUUUAUCAUAUAUUUUCUUAUCAUAGAUGUGGUUGAUAAUAAGAAAAAUGUCUAUUGUCUAUUAGAAAAAUAUCAUUAUAAUAAUUGUUUGUCUAUGAGACAUUUGAUGUUGCUAAUUAUGAGGAUAAUGAUAAUGAUAACUAUAUUUUAAUCAAACGAUAUUUUUAUACACUCUAAAAUUUUUAAAUUAUAAUCGUACACUGAUACUUAACCAAAUAUUGUUUUUUACCCGUUGAUUGUAGUUUCCUGCAUGACUAAUUAUGUUUUUUG